CAUAAGAAUCGGAGAUUUGUUCUUUCUCUCUCGAUUGACUUAUUGACUGAGAGAGAGAAAAGGCUUUUGAAAAAAAAUGGGACACAGACACAGCAAGUCCAAAUCCUCCGGUCAGCCAUCGUCCUCCCCUUCCUCUACAUCCGGCAACGUAGUCCACCAUGUCAAACCUUCCGGAGAACGACGUGGAUCCUCUGGAACCGGCGGAUCUUCAGGCUCUGGAACCGGCGGAUCUCGUUCAAACGCAUCUACUCAGCAGAAUGGUCGGAUCUUAGGUCGGCCUAUGGAGAACGUACGUGGUUCAUACGAGUUCGGUCCUGAGCUAGGUCGUGGUCAGUUCGGUGUCACCUAUCUUGUUACUCACAAAGAGACCAAGCAACAGUUCGCUUGCAAGUCAAUCCCUACGCGUCGUCUUGUCCACAAAGACGACAUUGAUGAUGUUCGUCGUGAAGUCCAGAUUAUGCACCAUCUCAGUGGUCACAGGAACAUAGUGGACUUGAAGGGAGCUUACGAGGACAGACACUCUGUGAAUCUUAUAAUGGAGCUGUGUGAAGGAGGGGAAUUGUUUGAUAGGAUCAUAGCUAAAGGUCUUUACUCAGAGAGAGCAGCUGCUGAUUUGUGCAGGCAGAUGGUGAUGGUUGUGCAUAGUUGUCAUUCUAUGGGUGUAAUGCACCGAGACUUGAAGCCUGAAAAUUUUCUCUUUCUUAGUAAAGAUGAGAACUCCCCAUUGAAAGCUACUGACUUUGGUCUCUCGGUCUUCUUCAAGCCAGGGGAUAAGUUUAAGGAUCUUGUUGGAAGUGCAUACUAUGUUGCCCCAGAAGUUCUAAAACGAAACUAUGGACCAGAGGCUGAUAUCUGGAGUGCCGGUGUGAUUCUUUACAUCCUUCUCAGUGGUGUCCCGCCUUUUUGGGGAGAAAAUGAAACGGGGAUCUUUGAUGCCAUUCUUCGAGGGGACCUUGACUUUUCAGCUGAUCCGUGGCCAGCACUAUCUAGUGGUGCCAAAGAUCUUGUGAGGAAAAUGUUAAAAUAUGACCCUAAAGACCGGCUUACAGCUUCUGAAGUGCUAAAUCAUCCGUGGAUUAAAGAAGACGGGGAGGCAUCAGACAAACCGCUUGACAAUGCGGUGUUAUCAAGGAUGAAACAAUUCCGGGCGAUGAACAAACUCAAAAAAAUGGCCCUGAAGGUUAUCGCUGAGAACCUUUCUGAAGAAGAAAUCAUUGGUCUUAAAGAGAUGUUCAAAUCUCUAGACACUGACAACAACGGAAUAGUCACCUUGGAGGAAUUGAGAACCGGUCUCCCCAAACUUGGUUCGAAGAUCUCUGAGGCUGAAAUAAGACAGUUAAUGGAAGCAGCUGAUAUGGAUGGGGAUGGAUCAAUCGACUACUUGGAGUUUAUAUCAGCCACAAUGCAUAUGAACAGAAUCGAACGUGAGGAUCACUUGUAUACUGCUUUCCAGUACUUUGACAAUGACAACAGCGGCUACAUAACAAUGGAAGAACUAGAGCAAGCCAUGAAGAAAUACAACAUGGGUGAUGAUAAAUCCAUCAAAGAGAUCAUUGCUGAAGUAGACACCGAUCGUGACGGAAAAAUCAACUACGAAGAAUUCGUAGCAAUGAUGAAGAAGGGAAAUCCAGAAUUGGUGACAAACCGACGCAGAUGCAAGUAAAAAAAAAACAUUUGGAGCCUGGAUGAUAAUCAUAACACAAAGAGAGAUCUUUUGAUGUUGUUUGUUUUGUUUGGUUUCUCUCACUUUUUUACUUAUUAGCUUUGUGUUGUUGUUGUUGUUUCCCAUUACAAAUACAUUAUUUUCUUUCCUGCAAUCUCUCUUUUGAUCAACAAAACAUAAUAUGCGUUGGAUUUGUUUUCA